AUGGCGGUCAUCAACCAGAACAACAACAAACAGGUGCCUCCUGCGCCUCCGACUCAUCAUCCACCUAUGCGCCCGAAUGAGGGUGUCCGUGUGGCGCAAGCGGGCUCACCACGUCCCAUGAACCCGGAGUACUUGGUUCAUCAGAUGAAUCGGCUCAAUGUUCAACCGGAGAAACCCCCGGCUGUCAACAAUCCAAAGCCCAAGGAGACCACCACGGUCGUUGAGGAGAUUGAUGCUCGUGCACCCUUCUACUAUCUGGGGUACACCUUCUUCAAGGCCGAUGCCGUACCCGGGCACAAGUCCACCUGGAACCAUGUGGAGCGGACCAAGAUGAACCUCAGCCAGUCUGAUCUGAUGAAGCUGGUGCACAAGCGAACCAAGAAGAUCCCCAUCGCGGAGCAAUAUCAGUCCCUGUCCAAGGUCAAACGUGCGCAUGUGGACCAGCUGAUCAGCGAACUUAGGAAGAGUGACCCCCAUUUUGAAUGGACCUGCGUCUAUGUCAAGGAGGACGAGAAGCCAUUCAAGGGUAAGAACUCCCGGCGGGGUGACUAUGAGACGCUCUCCGUGAACGUUGUCAUCAUGAGAAAGGCUACAGAUCUGGUGUUUCCCAAGAUACCUGUCGACGACCAUGUGGAUGUGGAGGCCCUUCCUAAACCACAGGAUCGUGUGCCAACUCACGUGCACAAUAAUCCAUCCGAGUCGGGACCAAAGGGGAUGUCUAGGAGCAUGCAGCCUAGUGAGCCACUAGUUGGACCUACUAUCCAUCAGGGGACAAUGCCACCGGCCAUGAAUCAUAACCAGCAGCCUCUGCCUACAAGGUUCCAUCAGCCUCCUACUCAUCAGUCUCCACCCCAUCAGCCACCUCCCCAUCAGCCGCCUCCUCAAAUUCCUCAGGGAUAUGCGGGGCCACGACCACAUAUGCCCCAGGGGCCCUGGCCGUGGGUGCACGGGGUGCCAGCUGGUAUGCCCCCACACCGCGCUCACCCAGGCAUGCCUGUCUCUACGAUGCCUGCAUCUGUUAUGCCCAGUUCUCAAGUGCCUGCUCCUGUCAUGCCUGGUGCUGCCAUGUCUGGCCAAGCCAAUGUUCCGCACAUGAUGGCUCAGCCGAAUGGCCUGCGAGGCGUCCACAUGGCAGCUGGAAUGUUCCACCAAAGGCAGGGAUUCGACCCCCGCGCCCAUUUCUCCGGCCAGCAAGAGACCCAUCCUUCUGACAAAGGACCCGCCCCUGCCCAUGCCCCUGCUCCAACCACUACCCCCGCUCCCCCAGAGACUAAGCCCGAGAACGUCAGGCCCUCGACGCCUGCGGCAGAUCCCGAGUUAGAACUGGGACUAGAGUCAAGUAGUGUGGGGGACGAUGAAUCCGUGUUCGACUUUGACGACGACAGCUCCAUCACCGAUAGCUCUGAUGAAGAGCCCGAACUGGAGGAUAAACCCCAGCCGUGGCGCGGCAGUCUAUAUCGUCGACACUCCGCCCCCCGAGCGAAACAUGCGUACCGCACCCAUUAUCGGAAGCAGCCCCAGAAGAACGGGUCAGACAGCAAGACGAGCCGGUCAGGGUAUCCCAAUGGCUGCAUUGACGUGGUGCCUGCAGACAGUAAACAUGUCGACCCACGCAGCGAGGGUGUCGUUAGUGGUGGUAGUGGCAGUGGUCCCAGUCAAGAAGUGAGCCGGCCAGCGCGGGACCGGCCCAAGAUCAUCCAUGCGCCAGUGAGUGCAGACGAGUUGGAUUUGGAGCAACUUUUGGCCGAGAGGGCAGAGCGGUUCCGAGGGGGGCGGGCCCGGAACGAUAUUCGGGCGCGAAUACUAGAUGACCGCGAGGCCCGAUUGGAGCAUCGCGAGCGGAUGGUGGAAUACCGGGCCCGCGUGCUGGAGGAACGGGAACGCUUGGAUGAUGCAUGUUACCUCGGACGACGCAUGUCCCUGCGCGAACCGGGUACCUUCUAUGGCCCUCGACGAUAUUACCUCCCGGAGGGGCUUCAAUGA